AUGGAUGCGUCUACUCCACUCAAGCGGUCGUCAACGGAAGCUGGUCUGGAUUCUCCAAAGGAAUCUGUUCGAUCUGUAGACUCAAAAAAGCAGGCACCAAAGAUUUCCAAAGCUCGCGCAUGCGCGGAGUGCAAACGACACAAGAUUCGCUGCGAAUUUCGCUCGGGCGAAACAAACUGUACAAAAUGUAUCCGCAGUGGAAUUAAAUGUGUGGUGAACGACUUUUCGCAAAAGUUCGUUGACGACGACGGGAUAUGGAAACUGCAAGCAUCUUCAACUAUGCAUCAGCUACAGGCAGCUGUGUCGCAACUAUUGCGACAAGCAGGCUUACCUGAUCUUUCAUCUUAUGCAGCCGGGGAUGCUCAAAAUGAUCCCAGUCCCGCUGCCUCGAACCAUACACACCGACCAUCCAUUGACGCAAUGCAAUCGCAUCCUACUCAUCAUGAUGGCCCAGGAGUGGUGAUGGAUGUCACUCGAGAAACCUCUCCAGAACAAGACCUGCAAGAUCCAGAAUUGGUCCCAGCGCCCAUGCGCAGUCUAUACGAAGUCACGAAGCUGCGCAACCUGCGCAAUGUUCACAUUGAGGCACCCAAGAAGACAUUACUGGAGGAAGACUUUAUCACACGGGGCCUGAUAUCUAUUCAUGAGGCUGAGGAACUCUUCGCAUACUUCAGUCGCACCAUGAACCAGUUACUUUGGGGUGGUAUCAUUCUAGUGCAUCGCGAUCUGACAUCCGUCCGUCGCGCAUCAACUCUUCUUUCCGUUGCGGUUCUAACCGUCGCGGCGCUUCACAUUCCUAACCGUACUGCCACUUUGAAUCGAUGUUACAAUGAAUAUGUCUCUUUGGUGUCAAACAUGGCUCUCACUAGAGCACAUACUCUAGACGAUAUUCGAGGUCUCUGUGUUGGUGCGUUUUGGUUGUCCGAGCUGAGCUGGAAACUCUCCGGGCAUGCGGUGCGGAUUGCAACAGAAAUGGGUCUACACCAAAGUUACCAGCGACUGACCCGUGGGAAUGCUGAUCAGUACGAGCGUGCGCAGCUGUGGUAUCUGCUUUAUGUAUGCGAUCAUCACUUCAGUAUCGCUUACGGGCGGCCGCCUGUAAUUCACGAGGAUAUUGCGAUCAGGAACUACGAAGCCUUUCUUGAAACGCCAAUGGUAGUUCCGGGGGACAUUCGACUGUUGGCGCAAGUUGCUUUGUUCUCGAUCUUGACCGAAGCUUAUCGGACAUUUGGCAGCGACACGGAGCAAGCGCUUACCGAGGAGGACUUUGGUCAGCUGCGAGUAUUCAAUGUGGCAGUAGGUCAAUGGCGAUUGCUGUGGCAGCCUCGGUCUGCUGACAGCUCAUACGUACGCACAUACCCUUCUAAGGGUGUGGUCCUACACUACCAUUUCGCGAAGUUCCAACUUAACUCGCUAUCCCUUCGCGCACUAUCACCGACCAAUACCCCCGUGUUUUCUAUGGAUCGUAAAGAAUCAGCUAACAUCGCUAUUUCCUCGGCUAUGGCCUGUCUAAAUAUGGUCCUUGAAGAACCAGAUAUCCGAGACGCUAUUGUCGGCGUUCCUAUUUUCACGCAUACGAUGGUCACCUUCUCGGCGGUUUUCCUGCUCAAGGUUGCCAUUAAUUGGAACUCGGCCUACCUCAGCAUCGACGCUCGCCAGGUGCGUCAAGUGGUUGAGCGGGUGAUUGAACUGAUGAAUUGUGUCUCCGCUGGCGAGCGACACUUGACGCGACACAUUGCACGUGGGUUGGGUAAGAUGCUCGAGCGAUUCGACACCUGGGAGGCUGGAUGGCAAGAUGGCGCUAACAAUGGCGGUCUGGUGGGACGCGACGUGCCUGGGGGCGCGAACGCUAUGGCACAGGGAUUCCCGCCGCCAGAUCUGAUCUACGACAUGGUCGGAACGUAUGGGUUUGGGCUCGACGAAAACUUGCUAGAUCCGAGCAUGGCGAACUUUGACUUCUUGGCACUGUAG